AUGGAGGCAGGUGAUGGGGGCCUGAUUUAUCAAUCCUCAGGACAAUGAGAGAACCAAAGACUGGGACUUGUUCCCGAAGGGGAAUCCAUGGAGGACCUGUGUUCUCCCUACUUGGGACUGGGACUUGUGAGUCUGAGGGAAAAUGGGGGCUUGGACUUUUGGGUCUAAAGAUGGAGAGAAUGAGGACCCCAACUCCUGAAAGGAAAGAGGCAGGAACUACGGACAGAGAUGGGAGUGGCUGGUCACGGGAAAGGAAUGUUGGCAGGGACUGUCGCGUUGCUAUCCGUGUUAGUAAUGUUUCCUUGGUGACUCAGGGUCAUCCCCCAUGCUGUCUCCUAAAUGGCUUCUCACUCCCUUCUCCCCAGCCCGGACAGAUGGCUCCCGGGCAGGUGCCCCAGCCGCCCCCCUGGAGGGAUGCCCACCCCUUCCACCUCCUGUCCCCGCUGGUGGGCCUCCUCAGCAGGGCCUGGAGCCGGCUGAGGGGCCCGGGACCGCUGAAGCCCUGGCUGGAGGAAGCAGUGACCGGCGCAGACCAGGGAGAAGCUUGCCUGGAGGAAGCGGCCAUGGCUGCUCUGGCCACUCACUAUGCCCCGUGGGGUGGGCACCCUCAGUGGGAGCCCGGAGACAGUGGAAGAGCCGAGGAGGAUGCCAGGUUAUUCUGGGGGGCCUGCCCUGCCCUAAAGGCCAACAGUUCUCUUCUUGAAGCCUGGGAACUUUCAGAUGAUGAUGAUGAAGAAGAAUAUGGUGGGGAAGAAGCAACCAGCAUCCCUAUAGAGCAAGGAAGUGACUGUGUAAGUGGCCAGCCAGCUCCCAGGUCCCUGAGCCUUCUGAGAACGCUGCUGGACCCUCGUGUGGAAGAGGAAACUGAGGCAGGAGGAGUCGCCGAGGAUAAAGUGAUCACGUUCUCUCCCCCUCCAUCACACUGGGAGGGUUGUCCAGGGAUGGAGCAGGAGGAAGGAGGAGAAGCUGUGAAUAAAGUUUCCAGAACAUCCACCUCCCCCUCACCUCCAGAUUCCAAGCCCCGUGCUUGGGCGUGUGCUGCAGGGGAAGAGGCUGGAGCUGAGGAGGAAGGACGGACCGAGAAGAAAGAAACCAGGAAGACCUCCAUUAGCUCUUCAUCUGCAGACCCCCGCCUCAGCGCCUGGGAGUGUCCUUCAGGAGAGGAAUCUGAGGAGGGUGAAAAGGCUGAGGAAGAAGCUGACCCAGAGCCGCACUCCUCAGUUCUAAGCCCCAGGCCCCUGCUCGGGCUCUGCCACCAUCAACCCGAGGAGGACAAUGCUUCAGGGGAAACUGAGGGCCUGUCUGCCAACCCCACCACGCGUGCUUUCACGAAGGCCUGGGUGUGUUGGCCAGGAGAGGACACAGAGGAAGAGGAAGAAGACAGUGAUUCAGAAGCAGCUGAGGAGGAGGGAGAAGCUGAGAGUCCCUCUUCUAUUCCCCCUACAAGUUCCUUCUUGAGGGCCUGGGUGUUCCAACCAGGAGAGGACACAGAGGAGGAAGACAGUGAUUGGGGAGAAGCAGAGGAAGAGGGAGAAGCUGAGGGUCCCUCUUCCAUCCCACUCACAAGUACCUUCUUGAGGGCCUGGGUGUACCAACCAGGGGAAGACACAGAGGAGGAAGAUGAAGACAGUGAUUGGGGAGAAGCUGAGGAAGAGGGAGAAGCUGAGGAUCCCCCAUCCACUCCCCCAGCAAGUGCCUUGUUGAGGGCCUGGGUGUACCAACCAGGAGAGGACUCAGAGGAGGAAGAGGAAGACAGUGAUUCAGGAGCAGCUGAGGAGGAGGGAGAAGCUGAGGGUCCCCCAUCCACUCCCCCAGCAAGUGCCUUGUUGAGGGCCUGGGUGUACCAACCAGGAGAGGACUCAGAGGAGGAAGAGGAAGACAGUGAUUCAGGAGCAGCUGAGGAGGAGGGAGAAGCUGAGGGUCCCCCAUCCACUCCCCCAGCAAGUGCCUUGUUGAGGGCCUGGGUGUACCGACCAGGAGAAGACACAGAAGAGGAGGAUGAGGAUGAGGAAGAUGAUUCAGAAACAGCUGGCUCGGGCCCAAGUCCUUCCCUUCAGGCCCAGAGCGCCCUCCUCAGGGACUGGACAUACCCACCUGGGACGGAGACAGAGGGAGUGGAAGCCGCUGAGGAGGCUGAGCCCUUCCGAGUGGCCAUCUAUCUCCCAGGAGAGAAGCCACCGCCUCCCUGGCCUCUUCCUCGGCUGCCCCUCCGACUGCGCAGGCGGCUCAGGGCUGCGGGAACCCCCACCCAGCAUCCGGACCCCGGGACUCCCCAGGCCAGAAAGGUGCACUUCUCUGAGGAGGUCUCCGUCCAUUUCCUGGUUGUCUGGGCUGGACCCGCCCAGGCUGCCCGAAGGGGCCCCUGGGAGCAGUUUGCCCGCGAUCGAAGCCGCUUUGCCCGCCGCAUCGCCCAGGCUCAGGAGCUGCUGGGCCCCUGCCUCACCCCUGAAGCCCGGGCCAGGGCCUGGGCACGCCUCGGGAACGCCCCCUCUCCUCUGGCUGCCACGCCUGCCACGGCCCAGCCCGCGCCCACCUCCUCUGUGCAGGCCACGCCUCUGUGCGUGUCCCUGUCCCCCGCCUUGGACCUCAGUGGGAGGCGUGGCUAGGAUCCUGUGGUGUUUGUGUCAUUCACUAUUUAUUUUUUACCAGUUGGUUUAAUAAAUAAAGUCUUCUGGUUUGUACUGAG